AGAGGUGCCGUGCAAAACCCUAGCCUCAACCGAUUUCAGUAUCGGGUGAAAUCAAUCAAAGAUUCCGAGGUGAUUAACGAUGUCGUACGACAAUGUGGAGAUCGAAGACAUGGAGUGGAACGAGGAGCUUAAGUCCUUCACGUAUCCCUGCCCCUGUGGAGAUCUGUUUCAGAUUACAAAAGACGAGUUGAAGAUGGGUGAAGAGAUCGCUCUGAUACCAUAAAAGUUUCUGUGGUAUAUGUUUUUCUCUGUGSUGAUACAAUARGCAGGAGUCCCUUAAAUAGGGGAAGAAACCUAUGUAUAUCCUACCACUAAAUUAGGAAUAGAUAUAUCUAAGAAUUACAGAUAAUUAUAAACAUUACAAAGUUGUCAAAACUAGUCCCUGUAAAU